AUGAGAACAUGGGUAGUUUUCCAAUUGCCGCUGAAGCACGUUACAAGACGGGUCUAUCAAAAUUUAGCCUUGAUUCGACCAAGAAGAUCACCAUCAUCCCAUUCAUUUUCUUCGCAGAACUACCAAAAUGGGAACUUCAGCAUUGUUCAGCGACACAGGGUUGCCAUUCUUCCCAAUGCUCCUACCCUGUUGUCACUUUAUUGUCGUCGUUUUUGCACUGGCAUUCAGCUGUUUGAAGAAAUGCUACAAAGGGCUCUACAUGGGAGAGAUAUCCAUUUUGAGCUUGUUGUUGAUUACAUUAGAUUGUCCCUCAAAAGACCUACAAUUGUGACUGCCAUUAUUGCCCAUUGUGCAGCCUUAAAGAUAGGUGUUCUAGCUCAUCUCUCCACAUCAACAUCUCUACUCACUGUUUAUUCUAAGGCUGGAGACUUCACCUCUUCAAGGGAUUUGUUUGAUGAGAUUCACAAUAGAGAUGUGAUUGCUUGGAAUGCUAUUAUUGCAGCUUCUCUUGAAAAUAACAGCUAUUGGACAGCAAUGGACUUCUUUGAGAAAAUGAUCAAGGCCCAAACUGGAUUUGAUUCCACCACUCUAUUGCUUAUGAUAUCAGCUUCAUUACACACGAAAAAUUUUGAUCAAGGACGGGCAAUUCAUUGUUUGAGUAUAAAAUUUGGAAUGCUUGUGGAUAUCAGUUUAGGUAAUGCACUUAUUGACAUGUACGCUAAGUGUGGUGAUCUAAGCUCUUCUGAGUGUCUAUUUGAAGAGAUGGAGUAUAAAGAUGCUGUUUCAUGGAAUUCAAUAAUGAGAGGAAGUCUUUACAAUUGUGAUCCCGAGAAAUCAUUGUAUUACUUCAAAAAGAUGACUCUUUCUGAAGAAAAAGCAGACAAUGUUAGUCUAUCUUGUGCUAUCUCAGCGUCUUCAAGUUUGGGAGAGUUGGCUUUUGGCCAGUCCAUUCACGGGCUGGGAAUCAAGCUAGGUUACAAGGAUAGCUCAUAUGUUUCAGUUGCCAACUCUCUCAUUUCAUUAUAUUCACAAUGUGGGGACAUCGAGGUUGCUGAGAAUGUAUUCAGAGGAAUAGCAUAUAAAGACAUUGUUUCCUGGAAUGCAAUGAUGGAAGGAUUUGCUUCAAACGAAAAGAUUAAUGAAGUAUUUGAUCUUCUGAUUGAAAUGCAAAUAAAAGGGUCUUUCCAACCCGAUAUGGUAACAUUAACUACCAUACUUCCACUUUGUUCAGAACUGAUGCUCUCCAGGGAAGGAAGAACUAUCCAUGGAUUCGCAAUUCGAAGACAGAUGGUAUCUGAUCAUCUUCCUUUGCUGAACAGCCUGAUAGACAUGUAUUCAAAGUGCAACCUUGUGGAUAAAGCCCAGCUUUUGUUCAAUUCUACCACCGAGAGAGACAUAGUCUCAUGGAAUGCAAUGAUAUCUGGCUAUUCCCAGAACAAGUAUUCUAAAGAGGCUCAAAAUUUGUUCAGAGAGCUGCUAUGUUGGGGUCCAAAUUGCAGCUCCUCAACUGUUUUUGCUAUUCUUUCAUCCUGCAGCUCCCUUAAUAGUCUCCACUUUGGAAAAUCAGUUCACUGCUGGCAGUUAAAAUCUGGAUUUUUGAGCCACAUUAUUUUAGUAAAUUUUCUCAUGCAUAUGUAUAUUAAUUGUGGAGACCUGAGAGCCAGUUUCUCAAUUUUGCAUGAAAAUUCUGCUUUAGCGGAUAUGGCUUCAUGGAACACAGUGAUUGUGGGCUGUGUACGAGGUGAUCAUUUUCGAGAGGCUCUUGAGACUUUCAGAUUAAUGAGACAGCAAACUCCUUUCAACUAUGACUCCAUAACCCUUGUAAGUGUCUUGUCAGCCUGUGCAAACCUUGAACUAUUCAGUCAAGGAAAAUCUCUACACGGCCUUGCCCUUAAAGCUCCUUUGGGAUCAGAUACUCGUGUUCAGAACUCGUUAAUUACCAUGUAUGACAGAUGCAGGGACAUCAACAGUGCCAGAGUAGUGUUUAAAUUCUGCUCUAUUCCCAAUAUAUGCUCAUGGAACUGCAUGAUCUCAGCUUUAACUCAUAAUAGAGAAAGUAGAGAAGCAUUGGAACUAUUUAAUCAACUUCAGUUUAAACCAAAUGAGAUCACCAUUGUUGGUGUUCUCUCUGCUUGCACUCAAAUUGGAUUCAUAACACAUGGAAAACAAGUUCAUGCCCACGUGUUCAGGUCUGGAAUUCAAGAUAAUUCUUUCAUAUCAGCAGCUCUUGUAGAUUUGUAUAGCAACUGUGGAAGAUUAGACACUGCUCUUCAAGUAUUCAGACAUUCAGAGGAGAAGUCCGAAUCAGCUUGGAAUUCAAUGAUUUCUGCUUAUGGAUAUCAUGGGAAUGGUGAGAAAGCAAUCAAACUCUUCCAUGAAAUGUGGGAGUCAGGAACCAGGGUGACCAAGAGCACUUUUGUUAGCCUUUUAUCUGCAUGCAGCCAUGCAGGACUCGUGAACAAAGGUCUUUGGUACUAUGAAUGUAUGUUGGAGAAAUAUGGAGUACAACCUGAGAUUGAGCAUCAAGUUUACGUGGUUGACAUGCUUGGCCGAUCAGGAAGACUAGAUGAGGCUUACGAGUUUGCCAAGGGGUUACAAUCCAAAGCAUGCUCAGGUGUAUGGGGAACGCUCUUAAGUGCAUGCAACUAUCAUGGAGAACUCAAGUUGGGGAAACAAAUUGCUGAACGUCUCUUUGAACUUGAACCUCAAAAUGUUGGAUAUUACAUAUCGUUGGCAAAUAUGUAUGUUGCUGCAGGAAGCUGGAAAGAUGCUACCAACUUGAGACAAUUUAUCCAGGACCAAGGAUUGCGAAAAUCCGUAGGUUAUAGUCUUAUUGAUGUUGGUUUUGGAUAA